GUUAGGGUUUGUGGCCCAGCGGAGAAGAAAAUGCUGGAGAUUCACAGGCUGCGGCACUUGGAUUGGAUUCCCAGCGCUGUGAUUGCGCUCGCGACGAGCCCGGACGGGGCGGCGAUCGCCGCUGCUCGCGACAGCGGCGCAAUCGAAGUAUGGAAGGCAGCUCCAGGAUCGGUGGGAUGGUAUUGCCAAUUGACGAUUCCAGGAAUGCAGGGCGCGGCUAUCUCCUGCUUAGAGUGGUGUAGCUCCAGCGUCUCGCGCCAAGGCCGAUUGUUUUCUUCCGGGCUGGAUGGGUUUAUCACCGAGUGGGAUCUGGAAAGGCUCGAAGCAAAGGCACAAACCGACUCCUUUGGAGGCUCUGUGUGGCAGGUCGCGGCUCAACCUUCGUCACAGGACGAUGAUUCUCGGGACAUCGCUGCUGCUUGCGAUGACGGGUCUGUGAGACUGUUUACCUUGAAUGAUAGCAUGACUUAUAAAAAAGCAUUUCCACGAGUUAAGGGUCGCGUUCUAAGUGUUGCGUGGUCUCUUGACGGAAAACGAGUCUACGGUGGAGGGUCCGAUGGUUGCAUAAGAAGCUGGGACGCUGCAACUUGUAUUGAACUUUACAGAAUAACAGCGGGCAUUGGCGGCCAGAAAAAAUUGGAAGAGUUGUGCGUUUGGUCCCUUCUCGUUCUCAGGAGUGGAACUCUUGUAAGCGGAGAUAGUACCGGAACUACACAAUUCUGGGAUGAAAGGGGGAUGUUACUGGAGGCUUUAACCAGGCAUGACGCAGAUGUUUUGGCCUUGGCUGCCGCACCUUCCCACACAGCGGUUUUCGCUGCUGGAGCUGAUGGUCAGGUCGUUAUGUAUCAACUUGUUCACGAGAGCUCCAGGCGUGGAAACAGUGAUUUGAAAGAAGAUGCUUCUGUAGGAUUUGGCGACAAGUGGACGUAUGUUGGCACCAAAAGGUGUCAUUCUCAUGAUGUUAGAGCACUGACUGUUGCAAUUCCGGUCCCUAUUGACGCGGGCGAUCCAACAAGUAAACCGUGGACAAGGCCUACGAGAGAACGGAACAAAUGGCCAGAACCGGAUCACAGAAAGUGGGCAAGGCCUGGCAUUCCCAUGCUUGUAUCGGGUGGGAACGAUGCUAAGCUGUUCGCUUAUCCCGCAAAUGACAUGAUGUCAUAUCAGCCUCAUGACAUAUGUCCGGCACCGGAACGGCCCGUCGUUCAACUAGCACCAGGGCUUGCACAGGAUGGAAACGUAGUUAUGAUGGCACAACAUCCGACUUAUAUUGAUAUCUGGCGGGUUGCAAGCAGUCAAUCCACAGGAAAGAGGCCAGAGGCGGAAAAUGGAGUGGACUCGGAUGAUAUCACACUCGGAAAGAGAAAGAGAAGUGAUUCAACGUCCGAGGAAACGCUCAGUACUUCUUACCAACAGGAUCAAGCAAGCAAGGGUGCACAGUCGGGGCAGCGUCCAGUCCUUCUAGCUAAGAUAAAGUCCAAAGCGACAGCACAUAUUACUUGCAGCGCUUUCUCCGAGGACGGGAAAUUCGUAGCGUUUUCAGACAGAACAAAGGCCAGGCUUUUUGAGCUAAAGCAUGCACAAAAACAGUGGACUAUCAAGAAGAAAAAUCUUCCCGGCACUGUACCUCCUGCUCAUCGCAUGAUUUUUAGUGUUGGCUCGAGCAGGUUGAUAAUGGCGUGUUCUCAAGGCGAGAUUCUGGUGCUUGACACUGACAGUUUGGAAGUGUUGCACGUUUUUAAGCUUGCGGCAGAUGAUUUGCAAUCUCCGGUCGCUUUGUUGUGUGCGAGUCCGGAUGGACAAUGGUUAGCUGCUGGAUCAAGCUCAGGCAACCUGGUCAUCUUGAAUCUGGAAACACUGCGGCACCACUGGUCUGUUCCGUUGUUUGACGGCACACCUGCGACGGCUGCCGUGUUCCAUCCCGGAAACAAUGCCGUGCUCAUCGUCACCACCGCUGCAAACAAAAUCCACGUCCUUGACAUUGCCGCGAGGGAGCUCGGCCGCUGGUCCAAAGAGAACCACGCCAGCAUUCCCUCAGAGAUUCUAGAGUUCCCAGGUGGCAUCUCUGGCCUGACAGUCUCUCCAUCCACGGGAUCCACAGAGAUCAUCGCGUACAGCCCAAGGGCGAUGUGCUUGAUCGAUUUCAGCAAACCCGUCGCGAAGAACGCCGUCAUCGCGAAUGGAAAUGGAAAUGGAAAUGGAGCUCCUCACCUUCACCAUAUGGGAAACGGCCAUGCCAACGGUGUCCACCACCACCACCACCGCAAGAACAAAAACUUCGUCCUCACGCCCUUCAAGAACCCGGUGCUGUUUGUGGGAUACGUUGCAAAGAGCUCACUUUUGAUAGUGGAGCGGCCAUGGCUGGAAGUUUUAAACCACUUCCAAGCUCCUGUAUACCGGCACCGCUAUGGAACGUAAGUGUAAUAACCGAAUAUGCUUUUGGGAAAGACA